GAGUACGACAGUCUGGCAACGUUGGCAAUGGUGGCCUUGUUGAUGUUUUGAAGACCCGGGCGCCGCGGAAGAAGAAGAAGAAGAAGAAGGAGGCCAGACACCAUCACUCCCUUCCUGCAGGCGUUAUUACUCAUGGUCACUGUGUUUAGCCUCCUGUGGAUACUUGGGGUGAGAGGGGAGUGAAUGUAGUAUACAUCAGCAAAAACUCUGAAGAGACCCAGCCAGCCAUGUCGGGCAUUAAGAACUCACAGCUGGAAGACUCCCUCAUGCGGCUGGAUGCUGCCCUGGGCACUCCUGGGGGAGGUGUCAUGAGAACUCCUCGCAGGACCUUCACCUCCAGAGCCCGAAGAGAAUCAGAUUCUCUUUUCGAAGGCCUGGUAACAAAACUAUCAUCAGGUGUCCCCAAUGCCUCCCGCCUCAGUGUUUCUGGACUGAGUAUGCUGGAGAGUCCCACCAUAAUAGAUGUGACUGCUCCUCCAAUGUCUGUGGCACAGGUUGACAACACUCUGGACAUGACCAGCGCUGCCCUCCUGGCCCACGAUGACCCGGGGAUCAGAACCACACAGGUGCUGUUCUCAGAGUUUAUCAACAUCAUGGUGAACCACCCGUCAGAAGCACAAGUGUGGGAGGAGCUGGAGCAGUACCAGCAGGUGUGUGCCCAGCAGGUGGAGUCCCUGGCGAAGCUGAUCCGCAAGGCUCCGCAACACCACGCCAACUUCACAAACACACAGAAGAUCUUCAAACAGUUGCUGUCGGAGCGUAACACAUGGCGCCUGCUUGGUUCCCUGUACAGCGAGCGCCUGGGGGAGGAUGACCCCAAGGAUUCCCCCAUGGGAGAGGAGGAAGAGGAGCCCACCACUGACCUGAAGGUGGUCACCCGCCUCUAUGACACAAACAGAUCCAUCAGAGAGGCACAGAUUGUUGUUGACUGGCUGGAAAACAAUUCCUUUGACCAGUUCAGAAUCACCGCUUAUGACUCUGUAGAGUACUUUGGAGGGACACACAUUGCCUGGGAAAAUACCCUGAAAACGCUGAAGAAUGAGAGCAGUGGUGUCACACAGCCUUUGAAAGGUUCCCGUCCCCUUGUCAAGUCACUCGACCCUGACUCUAGCUUGCGAGAGGGACGGCCUCUACAUGAUCUAGAUCAGGAGGAUGAAGUCCGUCUGCUACGUCACGUGUUUUCGUGUGUGCGGUCUGGGCAAGUGUCUCUGGCACAGGAGAUAUGUGCACGUGCGGGCCACCAGUGGCGUGCUGCCUCCCUCGAAGGCUGGAAGCUGCACCACGACCCCAACCCAAAAGAUCCAUCACAGCGGCAGCCCAUCUCAGGAAAUGCUUACAGAGAUGUGUGGAAGGCAGUGGCCUGGAGGAUAGCCAGUGAUGAGCGUCUGCCAGUGUAUGAACGAGCCAUCUACGGGGCAAUGUGUGGCCAUCUUCCGGCCAUGCUGUCAGUCUGCCAGAACUGGGAUGACACCUUGUGGGCAUACACCCGCACCAUGGUGGACCAGUGGGUGGAGGAGCAGCUCAGGGCAGCCAGCACACACCUGCGCAGCCUCCACCCACUACCCAAGGACUAUCCUGAAGAAAAAUUAACUUUGAAGGGAGUAUUUGAAGCAAUGGAACGUCAGCCGGAGGUACAGAAGGAGCAGGGAAGAAACCCACAUCACCUUCUUCAGAAGUACCUCAUCCUGGAUGACAUGGAGAGUCUGCUGCAGGAGGCUCACGUUUGGCUCAGCGACGGCAUUGAUCCUCACCUCCUCCGCUGCCUCACCCACGUGGUGCUCUUCCUGCGCAAGAUUGGACACAUCCCCCAGCAGUUAGAGCUCCAUUGUAUUGACAUUCUGGAGGCUUGUGUAAAGGAAGCCAUUGAGCGUGGAGAUGUGGAGCAAGUGGCAUGGUACACAUCAGUCUUGCCCCAGUGGCUGCAGGUGGAGUGGUACGCACGAUUCCUGCACAACAUCACAGAUGACCACCACCGCCACCAUGCCCUGCAACUGGCUUCCUCGGUGGGGCUGGAUACCCAUGCCAUCACCUCAGCUGUUGUAACCAACAUAAGGCUGUCUUCCAGUGGCCGUGAUCCUGACAGUGACAUAGUAUCAGAGACCACAGCUGAGGAUAGGGUCAAGAUCAGUGCAAUUGACUGGUUGCUGUAUGACCCUCAGCAGCGGGCAGAGGCACUGCGCCAUGCCAAUGCUCUCAUGCGCACCUUCCUUGUCUCCAGGAAAAUUGGUGCCACUCGAGUGCUCUUCAACAAGCUCCCAAGUGACUCGGUGAACAUCAUAAUAAAGGAACACGAGGCAGACACUGGCUCCGCAGAGGUUCCACCGCAUGCAGAAAACACUGUCAGAGAAUACUUCUGCAUUCGGACUUUCCUGGAUGCACAGGAUUCGUUCACUGACUGGUUUGACCACUACCACCAGAAGAAACCCACAGCCCCCAAGAAGCCUCCUCCAGGUUCAGGGUUUGCCCAGCAGGUUGCUUAUGAGCAGGCGGAGCAGCAGUACAAGGCAGAGAUGGACCGAUGGAAGCACUCACUAGAUCUCAUCACCAAGACCACCUGUGACCGCCUGUACAAUGUGCUGCUGUUUCCUGAUGGGGGCUGGCUAGUUGACACCAAUGUUGAGGAGCAGGAGCAGGAUCCAGCAGGGACCAGCGGGCAGGACAGUGGUGAGGGCCAGCCGGAGACUGCUGAGCCCAAUCGUUCCCACCAUCUGAGUGUGCUGCGCUCCAUCUACAUCCCUCAGGUUGCAUCAUUGCUUCAAAAUAUCCUCCACUGUACAGAAAAAUAUAAGGAGUGUCUUCAGUUGGCUGAUUUAAUAGCUUCAGAACAGUACCAGCUGUAUAAGGCAUUUGGAAGGUCUGAGCUACAAAGGUUUUUGGUUAAGCUUCAAGAGACAUCUAGAGAAUUGCUGGACCAGAACUGUGAUGCACUGGGCUACCCACUCCACUAAAAUGAGCAUGUUAUUAUUCCUUUAUUAUUACUAUUUUUCUACUCAUUGUUCAUAAUAUUUUUUGGUAGAGUAUACUUACAGUUGUCAUUUCUGUUACUGACUGUGCUGCCUUCAGCCUCAUCAAGAACUUGUGAGAAUUGAUUCAGAAUUUUCAAACUAAAUAUAGCACCCUUAUCUCUUGACUGCAAGAGU